AUUCAGAGAAGUACAACUAACAAAGCGCAAGGUGAAACUGCCGUCCUCGGUUGAAAAGGCCAGAAAGAAACGGUCCGUACAAGCCCUAGAUCAGGGUUUCUGUGUUCGAAGCUAGUUCUGAGGGCGAUUCCCCCACACCUUGAACUGAAAAUCUUCCACUCGCACUUUCAAUUGAAAGUACACGUGACUGAUGGAUUUAUUUGUCCCAGUGUUCAACCUCUGUUAAGAAGGAUGAGGUGCAGGAGUCAGGAGACAGUUUCAGAUUCAGCAUUUGAUAUGCCUCACGGUUGACAAAUUGAUGAACAGAGGUAAACCAAAGAGAAGAGGAAGAUAUGAAGAUUGCGUGUGGCAGUAGUUGCAUUUGAUAUAAGUCUUUGGUGCAUUAUUCUAUAUUUUGCGAUUUCCAUGUGAAACCUAACAUGUUUCAGGCAUAUCAGACAAGUGGCAUGCCAAGGAGGAGGGGCUCAGGACAACGCUGACGACUGUUGCUAACAGUUGCGAGUGAGAGUCUUCAUGGGGACACAACGCAUAAGGACCUCUGUCAAGAAUGGCAAAAGGGACAAGCUCUCAGUUCCACCUGGUUUUGUGUCACUUACAUCUUUCACGCUUAGUAGGGUAGAGAAUAGUGAAGAAAUUUGUAGCUCCAUGUCGAUGGGGAGUGAAUCUGAACCAGAACAAGUGCAGGCGGACGUUUUUUGCAGCAUAACUGACAGUACAAUACUUAAGCGGGCUCUAAGCGGCAGACCGUGGAUACGUUAUGAUCACUCCGGUCACAACCCUGAGGAACAUGAAUGUGAACAGCUUGACACGAAUCGUCCUAAGACUUGCCUUCCCAAAGGGGUGAUCCGUGGAUGUUCUAGCUGUAGUAAUUGCCAGAAGGUCAUUGCGAGAUGGCGUCCAGAAAGGGCUUGUGUGACUUUACUUGAGGAGGCUCCUGUUUUCCGCCCAUCUGAAGAGGAAUUUAAAGACUUGCUUAAUUAUGUUGCAAGCAUACGUCCAAAAGCAGAAUCCUAUGGAAUUUGCCGUAUUGUUCCUCCUCAUUCCUGGCAACCACCAUGCCUUCUGAAGGAAAAGAACAUGUGGGAAAGUUCGAAGUUCAAGACCUAUGUUCAACGGAUUAAUGAGCUUCAACGUGUAUAUUCAGACAGUAAACUUCAGGGAAUUAAUAAAAAGGUGAUGGGAAAAAAGAGAAGAAUUCUGGACAUGAGUUUGGAAUGUGGGUCAGGUGAAGAGUGUACCACAGACCAUGAACAAACUGGGUAUCAUGCUGAACGAUUUGAAUUUGAACCGGGUCCAGAGUUCACAUUGGAAACUUUCGAGAAGUAUGCCAAUGAGUUCAAAGGGCAGUUUUUUUGCAUUAAGGGGAAGGAUACAGGUUUAGAUGACAAUUCCUUAGUUAUUGGGAAUCACUGGAAGCCCUCAGUGGAAAUUAUUGAAGGUGAAUACAGACGGAACAUUGAGAAUCCAUCUGAGGAGAUUGAGGUGCUUUGUGGUUCUGAGGUUAAUUCUAUAAUCUUUGGAAGUGGGUUCCCGGCAGUAUCAGAUUCAGCUGAGAAGUAUCCCAAAUAUGAAGAAUCUGAUUGGAAUUUGAAUAACAUCCAUAAGUUGCCUGGUUCUCUUCUUUCUUUUGAGAGCAACAAGUCUUCUGGAAUUUUGCUCCCUCAACUCUUUGUAGGAAUGUGCUUUUCAUCGCUUUGUUGGAGAGUUGAAGAGCACCACUUGUAUGCACUGUGGUACAUGCAUUUAGGCGAUCCUAAAGUAUGGUACAGCAUACCAGGACAAUAUUACUUCAAGUUUGAGGCGGCCUUGAAGAAGUACUUUCCCGACUUGUUAGCGGAAAAUCCUGAGUUGCUACAUAAAAUGGUCACUCAGCUCUCACCCUCCAUAUUGAAGUCCGAGGGUAUUCCUGUCUACCGCUGUGUGCAGUAUCCUGGGGAGUUUGUCCUUGUGCUCCCGGGAGCCUAUCAUUCAGCAUUUGAUUGUGGCUUCAAUUGUGCUGAAAAAGCCAAGUUUGCUCCCUUUGACUGGUUACCACAUGGGCAAAAUAUUGUGGAACUGUAUGCUGAACACGGUAGGAAGACAUCAAUCUCCCACGAUAAGCUUUUGCUUGGGGCAGCCAUGGAAGCUGUGAGGGCACAGUGGGAUAUGUUAUUGUUAAAGAAGGGCUCUAACGAUAAGCUAAGAUGGAAAGCUGUUUGUGGAAAGGAUGGGAUCCUACCAAAAGCACUAAAGUCACGUAUCAAGCAGGAAGGCACAAGGAGGAAAUAUCUUUGCAAUUCAUCACAAUCACGAGAGAUGGAAGCGGACUUCGACUCUACCAGUAAAAGGGAGUGCAGUACUUGUUUAUAUGAUUUGCACCUUUCUGCCAUGGGUUGUCCAUGUUCCCCAGGCAGAUAUUCUUGUCUAAAACAUUCAAAGCAGCUCUGCUCCUGUGCUUGGAGUUCUAGAUUUCUCCUCUUCCGAUAUUCAACCGGUGACUUAGAUGUCCUUGUUGAAGCUUUGGAAGGGAAAUUAAGUUCAAUUCAUAGAUGGGCUAGGGAAAAGCUUGGAUUGAACUUGUAUCCAUUCGUCCCCGAGGAUAAUUUGCAAGUACCCAGUGUUGUUGGAGACAGAUUACCUUUUUCUGGAGCAAAAAAUCAAGAAUUUACAUCUGAUAAUGCAGAAUUGACAAAUGGCAUAUCUAAGUUAAGUCCAGAAAUGGGCCCACCAGUGCUCCAUGCGACAUCCUUGAGCAAAGAGAGAGAUAACACGAAAGCAUCUACAGUCAGUUCCGUUAGUCAUGGCUCUCAGUCAAAGGAAAGGGAAAGCUUUCUUGCUGCGCAGUCAAGUUUUCUGGCUCAUCUCAGAAAAGAUCCCAAGGCAUUUGAGGGCGCAAAAGAAAGAUUUCUUGCUGCGCAAUCAAGUUUUCUGGCUCAUCUCAGAAAAGAAGCCAAUGCACGUGAGAGCGAGCAAAGUGUUUUGAAGAGCACCAGUGCAAGUAAUGGGGAAGGUCCUUCUAGUGGUUCGGCCUCUGAUGAAAAAAAUCCAAAAAAGUCUUCUUGUUGUCAAAGCGAUGUCAUUCUCCUUGAUGAUGAUGAGGGCGAGUAGCCGUGAAUCUACAGUAUUGUGAGUUCAACUUGAUUUUCUAUUAGGUGAUCUUACUGCAUUGUACCAUAUUACCCUAGUACUAGUCAUUGAAAAGCUGAGCUAGUGUACUACCUUUGCUGUUGUAGAUUGUAGUGUUUAGGCUAUGCUGAAUAAUGAGUUGAGGUUGUAAAUUAAGACAAAGUUAAGGUGUUCACUGACAUAAGUUUCAUGGAUCAUCACUAAUGCGUGUUUUAGAGCUCUUGUUGAUGCA